AUGAGGAAUCUCUCAGUGGUGACUGAAUUUAUCCUGCUGGGCAUCCCACACACAGAAGGUCUGGAGACCUUGCUCUUUGCCCUUUUUCUGUCCUUCUACAUCUUCACCCUCAUGGGGAACCUACUCAUUCUCCUGGCAAUUGUCUCCUCCACACGCCUUCACACUCCCAUGUACUUCUUCCUUUGCAAGCUGUCUGUGUGUGAUAUGUUUUUCUCUUCUGUGAGUUCCCCCAAGAUGCUGCUGUACCUCUCAGGGAACAGCCGAGCCAUCUCCUAUGCAGGCUGUGUGUCCCAGCUCUUCUUCUACCAUUUCUUGGGCUGCACUGAGUGUUUCCUGUACACAGUGAUGGCUUACGACCGCUUUGUUGCCAUAUGUUUCCCUCUGUGCUACACAAUUAUCAUGAGCCACAGAGUGUGUGCCCUCCUGGCUAUGGGGACCUCAUUUUUUGGCUGUAUUCAGGCCACCUUUCUAACCACGCUCACCUUCCAGUUGCCCUACUGUGGCCCCAGUGAGGUGGACUGUUUCUUCUGUGAUAUCCCAGUGAUGCUGAAGCUGGCUUGUGCAGACACGUCAGCCCUGGAGAUGGUGGGGUUCAUCAGUGUGGGUCUCAUGCCCCUCAGUUGCUUCCUUCUCAUCCUUACCUCCUACAGUCACAUUGUCUACUCCAUCCUGCAGAUCCGCUUGGCUGAGGGCUGCCGGCGUGCCUUCUCCACCUGCAGUGCCCACCUCACAGCCAUCCUCCUCUUCUAUAUGCCUGUGGUCCUCAUCUACCUAAGGCCAACCCCCAGUCCCUGGCUGGAUGCAACUGUUCAGAUCCUCAACAACCUGGUCACCCCCAUGCUGAACCCCUUGAUCUACAGCCUCAGGAAUAAGGAGGUGAAAUCAUCCUUGAGGAAGGUCCUACAUCACCUGGGCUUCCUUCCUGACCAGUUGCAGAGGGAGCAGUAG